CCCCUCCUCGGCGGCCUCCGGCCACGAGGGGGCACCAUUGCUGAGCAGCGUCUCGCCCCUCCUCCUUCCCCUCCCCUGGUGGGGUGGGUUUCUUUUUCAGGCGGUGGUGGGAGAAGCGUUUCCCUACGGAAGUGUUCACCAUCAGCUGAAAUGUCUGCCAGCAAAACUCCGAGUGAAAUUGAAACACCCGGUGAGAGAAACCCAGGACUGAGAGGUGCCCGAACGACAACUCUGUUCCGAGCUGUGAACCCGGAGCUGUUCAUUAAACCCAACAAACCUGUGAUGGCAUUUGGACUCGUAGCAAUUACCCUCUGCGUGGCCUACCUUGGUUAUUUGCAUGCUACGGUAGAGAAUAAAAAGGAUCUCUACGAAGCUGUUGACAGUGAGGGGUCCAAAUAUAUGAGGAGAAAAACUUCCAAGUGGGACUGACGACAAGUCAGCCACAGAACAUCUCAAGGUUGAAAAGAGCUGUUUUUCCUCUGUCCAUUAAAAUGGUGGUUGAAUCUCUCUUGUGCCUUUUAAUCCAGUAUAAGUUCCAUUAUAAAAUACCAUGGCUGUACAAAUGAAUUGUAACUUAGAUACAUGCAGACAUAAAAUUGAUUUUAAGGAU